AUGGCGCAUGAGCUCCAGGGACGAAAACACAUAUCCCAAACAUCAAAAUUGUCACCUGCUUUUUGUAGAAUGGCUCUCGAAAAUGACUCGAUAGCCGGGACCACAAUUGAGCUUCUGGAAGCUCGCCUCCAACGACUCACCUACCUCCUCACAGGCGACACAAGCUGGACGGGCACUCCCACCGCGCCCGCCAAACCCGCCUCCCUCGACGACACGGUCUCGCGGCGCCUCCUCCGUCUAGAAAAAGAUCUUGAGAAUCUCAGCAGGACUAUCCCCGCUGUACGAGAUGUUCUACAGCUCCAUGAUCGCUUCCCCGACCUCUUCCGUCCUACACCUUCGCAAUCCGUCCCGGAGAACCUGACAAUGCAGAACCUCGCCUCGAUUGUCCUCUCGUACGCUUCCGCAUUCCCGGAGACCGCGUCCAGACUCACUUCGUUAAAUGACCUGCCUGUCCCGGACGCCCAAGCGUCGGCGUCUCUCGUCCAGCUGCAGCCGCGUCUGGAUCAAUUGGCUCGUACCCAGGAGGAACAGGCGAGGGAGAUAUCUGAGCUCCGCGUCCGGACAGCGCGGGUGUUGCAGCGCUGGUAUGAGGUUGGGCUGGUGGGGAGCGGCGAGUGCUGGGCUGAAUGGGAGGGACGGCUGGAGGAUGUGGAGCGGGAGGUGAAAAGGGAGGAGGUGGUGAGGGAGAGAAGAGCGAGAGAGAUUUGA